UGUUGACUUGACAGUUCAGCCGAAAGUCGUUGACAGCUUGAGUUUGCUGUACGCAAGCACAUUAGUAGGAAAGUGGAGUGGAAGGAAAAAUUGUGGUAGAAAAAAAGGUGCACGACCAACAAUGGUAAACGCAUCAUUGAGAGGAUUAUGAAGCAAAGCCUUUUCAGUGAGUGAUAUUCAAAAGGCGUUGACAGCAAUUGGAGUCAGUGUUUCAAGACAGGGUCAUUCAGGAAAUGGGCUACAACUUUAAUAUUCCUUGUGCUAGGUCCCUCCUCAACUACAGGCAAGGUCAGAAGGAUCUUACCUGGGCUAAGGAAAAAAGGCACCAGGGUGUUGCUUAGUGGUCCAAGACAAAUUUUGCAUUUCAUUUUGGAAUCAAAGGCCCUGAAUCUGGAGAAGGAGUGGAUAGGCACCUAAUCCAAGUUGCUUGACAGCCAGUGUGAAAUUUUCACAGUCCACUUAGUUUUAUCAAGUCCACCAGGAAAUGUUAAAGCCCUUCAAGCUUUCAUUUGCUGACAGAUUUUAUGGAAAUGCUUAUUUUAUUUUCCAGAGGGAUUUGUCACCAGCCAACACUGCCGAAAGUAUGAAUACCUGCUUUAGUAACUAUGGUAUCACUGUGCCAGCAAACUAGCCUGGCUGAAACCCUAUAAAGAAUCUGUGGGGUUUUGUUAAGAGGAAGGUGAGAGACACUGGACCUAACAUUACAGGAGAGCUAAAGCGUGCUAAUAAUGCACCCUUGGCUUCCUUAACACCUCAGCAGAGCUACAUCUUAAUUGCCUCCAUGUCAAACAGCAUUGAUGCAGUUUGUCAGGUAAAAGGCGCCAAGCCUAAGUAUUUGAGUGCAGAUACUGUGUCAUAAUGAUCAAAACUAUUAGAUAUAAAUGCUUGAAUUAUAUAAAUGAACUAAAAUAAAUUUGAGUUUCACGUUUUAACGUCAUUGAUUGAAAUUAACUUGAUAUCAAUUUUUUUGUAAUAGUAUGCAGCCUAAUAUAGCGUUAUAAAGGAUUUUUUGGGAGCAAUUUUCAGAUCAUGUAUGCAUAUAAAAAUAAACUCCUGUUGAUUUCUCCUUUCAUAAUGCCUGCCGAAUGCAUUGCAUCUCUGCUGCAGAAGGAGUCGGACCAGGUGAGACGUGCUUUGUGGCGUUUUUCAGUCUGCAAAGGAUGAAUGCAGACGUCUCCUUCUCUCUCUAAACUAUUCUCUACAGAGCCGGGCAGCCCCUUGCUGAGCUGGUCGCAAUCAUUGUUUCUCUGCAGCAUUAACCACAUUCCUGAGAGACGCAUCGCAUCCCGUCUUCCUCCACGCAUUCCUUUCAGGCAAACGAGUCCCCCGCGUAAAACCGCAUUUAAAUGAAAUUUCCCUUCUCUCACUGCACUCAGACUGGCACCAGAAGCAUAUUUGUGGUAAAAGGGAUUAUUUAACCCGGUCUAGUUUCCACUGAAGCGGUUGUAAGGAAAAUUUAGAGGAAAAACCAACAAGGAGAAAUUCCUCCGCGGAGCGCGCCAUUGACUGUAAAGACCUUUCAACUUAACAAAAACUGAAGUUGACAAACGCAUCGCUGUCGGCUGAAACUGUGAGAAAGAGUUUGUUUUUCCGCGCUGGGAGGAAAGCAGAAGAGGACGAUGCGGCUUGCGGGGCCGGUUUGCGCCUCGGCCGGCGGUUUUGCGUGAAGGAGCGACGGCUGCGCGGCGGCGUUUUGUUUUGAUUUCCAUGUGAAACACAAUUAGAGCUCCGCAGAGCGCAGCGCACUCUCAACUCGUUUCUCGCCUCUGGAGCGCAACAUGGAGCAUUAUGAGGAGGACCUGGGACUCCGGGCCGUCACACUGAUGGAGGACCUUUCCCUGUACGAAGCCUACAAAGACGGGAUGUACAACGCGAGGAGGGACUUGGUGAUAAACCCAGAUUUGGACUUCUCCGCUCCGGCAGUAGCGGGUCUGAAAACUAAGCCGAUGAAUGGUACAUCUGUCCUCCACCAGCAGCAUCACACUUUGGAGAAUUUCACACCGGGGAAUAAAGUGUACAACGCGGCUCCUGUGCGUCCCGUGAACUGCAGCCGGACGGUUCCUGUGGAUUUCUGCGCCCCUCAGAGAGACGCUCUAUACAGUGAGGAGGGCUGCUGUACCAAAUCUGAAGUGGCUUUGCCGUGCUACUCCGGCACGUCCGAGAGGCACCGGAGGUACUCCUUAGAGGUGCAGGGCCACAGGUACAGCACCGGCUCCACCUUUGACGGAGUGCCUCUCAACAAAGCGGUCCCUCUGCCCGGCAACAGGUGCAACAGUGUCUGCAUAACCAGCAGCCACGACGGGAGGUACGGCUCCGCCAGUCCCCGCUCCAGCCUGGCAUCCUCCCUGUCCUCUCAGGAGCAAAGCAAGCAUGCCAGCCCACGGUCGAGCAUCAGUAGCCCGCGCACCAGCCUGAUAGUUCCGGGUCAGGACCGGUACACCAGCCCCAGGUCCAGCUUGGUUCACUGUGAGGGCAACAGCAUCCUCAGCCCGCGAUCCAGCUAUGCAAGCACGGCCAGUGACACGAGCAAGCAUUCCAGUCCCCGGACCAGCCUGAACAGUUGCGACUGCUGCAGCAAGCCCAGCAGCAACCGCACCAGUGGCAUCAGCAUGGGCUACGACCAAAGGCACACCAGCCCUAGGUCGAGCACGGCCAGCCAGUACUCCUUCACCACCAGCCCGAGAUCCAGCUACUCCGACUCACGGUACGGGCCUGUGGUCAACCAUGACCUGGAGGGGGCUGUCCUGCACGCUGCGCCGCUGGCGAGUCCCCGCUCCAGCAUCUGCAGCCAGGACGGGAGCGCAAGACCGGGGAUCCCGGCCAACUGCGUGGUCAGCCCGCGGUCCAGCAUCUCCAGCCACAGCUCCAGAAGCUCCCGCAGCUCCAGGGGGUCUAUGAGCACCUAUCCGGACCUGCAGCUGCCUUCGCCCAGGUCAUCCAUGCUGGGCAGCGGUUUACCCGAGGACACCUUACUGCAGGAGUUCGGAGAUUCUAACGGGACUCAGACUCGCAUCCAUCUGCAGACGGUGCCCGAACCCCAGCCUCAAGCGGCAGGGACCGCGGAGACAAACGCCGGGUCACCCUCCUCAUUUAGCUAUGGCGUGUCCUCAAAGGCGGUCUCCUCAGGUCAGAGAUAUAAAUUACCUUACCAGGUGACCCCCAGCCGAGAGAGCGGGCCGAGCCAGGCGGAGAAACGGCUCGAGGCGCUUACCUUGGAGCUGGAGAAGGAGUUGGAGAUGCACAUGAAAAAGGAGUACUUUGGUAUCUGUGUCAAAUGUGGGAAAGGUGUGUAUGGGGCCAGCCAAGCAUGCCAGGCCAUGGGGAACCUCUAUCACACCAACUGCUUCACCUGCUGCUCAUGUGGGAGGAGGCUGCGAGGGAAGGCCUUCUACAACGUCAAUGGGAAGGUGUACUGCGAGGAGGACUUCCUGUACUCCGGUUUCCAGCAGACGGCUGAUAAGUGCUUUGUGUGUGGUCACCUCAUCAUGGAGAUGAUCCUCCAGGCGCUAGGCAAGUCCUACCAUCCGGGCUGCUUCCGCUGCGUUGUGUGUAAAGAGGGUUUAGAUGGAGUGCCUUUCACUGUGGACGUGGAAAACAACAUCUACUGUGUCAAAGACUACCACACGGUUUUUGCUCCGAAGUGCGCUUCAUGCAACCAGCCCAUCCUUCCAGCCCAGGGCUCUGAAGAGACCAUCCGGGUUGUUUCUAUGGACAAAGACUACCAUGUGGAGUGUUACCACUGUGAGGACUGUGGUCUUCAGCUGAACGAUGAGGAAGGCCACCGCUGUUAUCCACUCGAAGGUCACCUUCUCUGCCACAACUGUCACAUCCAGCGACUCCAGUCAAAGCGGCCUGCCCACCAGCCCCCGACCUACCCACUCCAUGUGACUGAACUCUAGGAAGGAGACCUUGCUCCACCUUCAAGAUGGUCCACAAUACCAGCAGUGGGGUGAAGAGACGUGGGCUCCCACUCGUCCACCAGUUUGAGGAAAGCCUUCGUGCGGCGAAUCUGAAAUGCUGCCUUUGUCCUUAGCUGGACAGAAAGGUCAUGGUUCUGGUUCCACAUGCUGCAACCCCAACUACAGAAAGGGUUUUCAUUCGUAUUCCUUUCCUCCUCAUCAUCAUUUGGGUGCAUAACCCUAAACUAGGCUUAUCCAAAGGGCCCAAGAGACAUCACACCCCUUGACCUUCUCACCUUUUUAAGGAAAUUGUUUCUGGAUUCCCUGUGUUCUGACUGAAGAGGUUCACCGCUGUGCUGUCACGUCUGAGCACGCUACUGUUGCCGGCACCAGAGAGCCCGGGGUACGAGCCGUUACAUUCCGGUUUUGGCUGAACUAGAUGGGCAGCACCUUCGAAACGUUUUCUCUCCGUGCAGCUUUUAACACUGAAACAGAGCCCUGCAAAUGCCUAUGCAAAGGACACACUGCAUCAUGACGCAGGGCUGUGAAGGAAAACAAGUGACUCCGCACCGUGAACAUAACAGAUACACCAUAGCACCACAAGACCAGAGAAACUGACUGACGUUCCAUGUAAAUGUCCGAGAUGACACCUCGAGAGAUUCACAAGCAGUCUCUUAAUUAACGAUUAUAUUAUGGACAGAAAGAAAACUUUAGAUGCACAUAGGUUGUCCUUUUAUAUAUGAAUAUAUAUUUCGCAGAUGUUUUCCACAUAAGAUCCUAGAUGUAGAUUAUUUUGUAUUUUUUUUAUGUAUCUGUGAGCGUGACGAAAUCGGAGGCGUAACUGUAGCCUCUGCAGCUUCUGGGUCUGUUGCAUUAUUUCCCCUACAGAGUCUCUUCAUGUCUCUCAGAGGGUCAGAGAUCCACAGGGAGCAGACAUGGGUCAGGUAGUUUUUCCAUGUUAUUGUUUUGUCCCAUUGGAAGUUCUCAGACACAGCUCAUUUUGUUAUACAUUUGUUACUUUUAAACAAAUUUAUCCCCGUCAAGCUGGUGUUGCACACUGUAAAAAAUGCAUUUUAAACAAACUGUGCGGCAUGUUGCACCUCUCAUUUAAAAUCUUAAUUUGGAAACAGACUCAGAACAGCUGCUCCAUCCAAAAUAUUCAUUAAACAACCUAUUAAUCAACUGAAAAUGACAAGAAAUUGAUGAUUUAAAUUUUUUUACAGCAAUCAUUUUUUUUCCCAUCAAAUCUAUGUUAAUGUAGCUAUUUAAAAUUGCUUACCUAAAAAAAAAAACGCUUUCCUCCAAGUUUAUAAUUUUUGUCAUAUGAGCACAUAGUGCCUCACUAUCAGCAAGCUCCAUUUGUCCACUAUUGUCCACAUAGUGUAUCUCAAAACAUUAGAAUAUCAUCAAAAAGUUAUUUUAUUCCAGUAAUUUAGUUCAAAAAGUGAAACUUAUUAUUUUGAUUGAUUACAUACAGAGUGAUAUGUUGCAAGCGCUUAUUUCUGUUAAUUUUGAUGAUAAUGGCUUAUAGCUAAUUAAAAGAAAAUUCAGUUUCUCAAAGAGUUGUGAUAUAAUAUAAGACCAAUUAAACAAGAAUUUUUAAUGUUGAAAUGUCCGCCUACCGGGAAGUAUGUCUUUACAGUACAUGCUCUCAAAACUUGCAUGAAUUAUUACAUCAGUGAGCAAGGAGGUAGUCAUUAUGAUUAGGUGCUUCCAGCUAAUAAAAACCCAAACUUUGGUUUCUUAGAAAAUUUUAAUGUGACAUAUGAAAAUGGGAUAUAGAAAUGGUAUAUUAUGGCCGUGCGAUGGUCUACACAGUAAAGGUGAAGAUUGACUUAGCACUUGAUGGAAAGUUGGGUGGAAGGACUUAAGGGAACACUUAAGGGGUACCACAGACUGACCGCCCCCUUGCCAUGCCACAUUAAUGCUGUAAUCAGUUCAAACGGAGGCCAGACCGAGUACUGAGUGCAGAUAAUGUACAGUACAUGAACAGACAUUUUUUAAUUCAAAUUCGUUAUCUAAUUGGUCUUAUGUAAUAAUUAUCAACACCAUAAUUAUGGUCACCAAAAUUAUUCCGUUCCAUAUGUAAAGAAUCUAUAUAUGAGUUUCACUUUUUUGAAACACUUUCUUACUAAAACAAAUCAACUUUUUAAUGAAACUUUAAUGAUCGAGCUGUGCCCAUAUGUCCCACUGUGUUCUGCAUGAAGUCUGCUGAUGUGUUAUGUGGGAAGAGGGGAUACUUGAAAUCAUGGAGCUGCUGGUCCCACCCAUGUUUUUUGUAAGGGACCCCCACCCAUCCUUGCUGAUCAUGUGUAUGUGUGUUCUUGCAAUCACAGGCACUUAUGUGUUGCAGUGUGUGUGUCCAUAGGAAGAAACUGUAAUACUAAAAAAAAAAAUACAUAACAUCAAGCUGUUUCUUUCCCAUUGGACUCUUAUCAGAAAGUUUUAAAAUAUUCUUUUUAUUUUGAUUGUACUGAUUCUUGAUAUAACAUUCCUUAGAUGUUGAUGGUUUGAAACCAGGAUUUGAAAUUACUUAUUAAAGAGAAAACAGUUGAGUUUCUUUGCAUUAAUGCAGAUAAACCCUAGCAAUAGCUGCUUAUAAAAGAAGCUGAUUGAAAUAUUUACAUGUUUGUGCAUGCGUGCGUUCGUGUGUGCAUGAUAGUAAGAGAGAGUAUAUGUGUCCUAGUGGCAGGCCCCUGGCACAUGCACCUCAUUGUGUUUGCAGGGCACGGCAGCAACCAGCAGGAUGACCCCGAUUCUCUCUGUUAAAACCUGAUGCUGUAUCUCCAUCCUCCUGUAACUGAUACAUCAUACUUUCUCUGUAGCAACCUGUCAUCCAUCUGGGGUUGUAGCUGGAUUGUGUGCAUUCAGUGACCCACACUGUAAUGCUGUUAUACACUCAGUUGUGAAUAAAUACUACUGAAUGUGUUUAAAACAGAGACUGAAGGCAGGGGUCAUCAUGUGAAUGUCAUAUAUAGUGUUAGUAAAAGCAGAGAAGAAGAUGACUGCAGACUGCUUGUUCAACUUCACCUUUCUUGCAAGGUUCAAAUUGUUAACUUGUGCUGUACUUGAAGACUUAGACAUUCUAUGAAUUACCGUAAUCCAAUAUCAUCGCCCAAAACUUAACAAGAACGGAUUGUAUCCCCUUGAAAGAUGUCCUAAUUUACUUUUUUAAAAGUACUACUUUGGUUUGUAUUUCUUAACGCGGCUAGUUUUUUAUUUUUUAUUUCAUUUCCUAUCAAAAAAAUCACUUGGAAAGAGACACUUCUGCUGUUAGUUCCAUCAACCACAUCUCAACACCUCUCACGCCUUUUUGUAUCGCUCAGUGUUUUGAUUACCUAGAUGGUUCAUUUAAAUAAAAGAAGACUAGAUUUAUUUAUCUAAACAUGAAAAGUCUAAAGUUAUUUAAUGUUUUAAAAUCGGGACAUAUCAUUUAACUGUAGAUGACAUAAUCUGCUUUUUCAAUAAAGUGGUUUUGUAGCUAACUGUAAAA